AUGGCCUCUUCAGAACAGAGCCAUACCUACGGCCUCAAGUGCCGCCUUGCUCCGGUGUCCCAGCCGUUGACUGGGAACGCCGACGAUGGCAUCCCUGCGGUUGCUGCACAGUUCUUCUAUUCUUCAAUUUUACCCAUAGACGAUCCUCUAUCUCCGGGAACAAUCGCUGGUGUAUCAGAUGCUCGAACCGCUCGUGGCCCGAUUCGUCCAUUCUCGCUCGGUGACAACAACGCCCUCGAGAAGGCAUGGCUCAGCUUCCUGUCUGACGACGAUAUACAAGCUCAUGAGCAGUUGGUUCGAGACAAAAAACUGAGUCCUAAUACCGAGAAAGCCAACGCGCAUAAACUGGGCCUCUUAGCGCGCCACCUGGCUGUCAAGCACCUCCAGAAGCAUGGUGGUAUCAUUCAAACAUCGACCACGGCCGGCGAAGCUUCGGACCUGCUUCCGGACACCCCGAUAUCUACAUGUUGCCCUGAGUUAUUCAUCGAUGUCUCUACUGAGCUGCAGAAUACCUAUUGUGCCCUGGCCAGGAAACACCACCCUUCGCUUGGCCAGGAUAGAGUCGUGCAGGAAGUCAUGAUGGAGCUCCGGGGCCUCGUAGCAUCGAGCGAGACGCGUUCCCAAUUCCGGAGCGUCUCUUCUUCCCGGCCCCGAGCGGACUCGGCGCGUUCACGGCAAAUGGAAAUUGUCAGUUCAUUCAGUCCUCGACAAGAAGCUGCGAGCGAAUUGCAGAGGAUCGGAAGAGAGGUUGGCAAUACGGGAGUGGAGUCUGCGUCGAGGGCUAGAUCCGAUUCCCGAACAAGCGAGAAAACAUCUCGGCCCUCUACGCCGGGUUUGGGCACUUCGUUCCGGCAGCAUGCUGCGGACGAUGGUAUCUCUGGCAAACCGUUUGUCCGUGCUGGACUCCGGCAGCGACCCCAAGAUGUGCUGGCGACAUCCUUUCCUCCUUCGGAGCAGUCGAAAUCGAAUGAUACCGAAAAUCAAGAUGCAAGGCGGUCGUUCACUAUGCCAGAGUCGCUUAGAGCCCGGGCGAACACCACACAAGCCAAGAUUGUUAGCGAUGAAAGCUACAGAAGGGAAGCUGUUGACGUUGUUGUCGGUAUCUCCCGGUUGCAUAUGGUGUCCAUCCCGGCCCUUCAAAUGAAGCCCAUUUACUGGUCCCCUGUGAACGACAUUGCGAUGGUCCUACGUGCUACCUGGUUCUACAGAGAUACGAUGCUACCAAUACCCCCGGCUGUGGCAAAUCAACUGGAGGCUGGCUACCGAGAGCUCAAGCCUCACACUGAGACUUGGAACGAUGAGCUCCGUUGCGCCGUUGACGUAGGGCCUCUUGGCGAGGAGAAGGUCUCCUAUCGACUAUGGCCAGAGAACGCCAACCAACCUAGCGACGGAGACAAAGAGUCAGUUUUGGACACUCGUAUCUCAUCAGAUCCGUUCUGUGCCGCAAGCUGCUUUCGUGGGGAAGCGGCCGCAGAGGGUGCAAUCGACCCGAAUCUGAAGACUGCCUCAGCUACGCAACAGCAUCGAAGUUACGCAACUUACCACGUGAUCUAUAAAGAUGCCUCCAAGGCCUUCCUCCUCAAACCUAGCCUCAAGCCGUCUGCCUACUACGGCAGGAGACCUGUUGCAAAGAUUAUGAAGGGAAUGACCGUCGGCAUUCCGGUUGUACGUGGCUUCGAUCGCGCGGUCUGGGAGCGUACACAUGAUAAGAACAGGCCCCGAGAAGCUCCUAAUCAACCAGCUUCCUCCUCCAGUAACACGCCCGAAUCAAUCGGACAAGACGUUUGCGCGGCCUGCAAGGCCGAAAAACAGCGCGGCCAAGUUACCGACCUUGUGUUGGUGGUCCAUGGAAUCGGUCAAAAGUUUGCGGAGCGAGUCGAAAGCUUCCACUUCACCCACGCUAUCAAUGCUUUCCGCCGUGACGUUAACACGGAGCUGGCGAAUCCAGUUGUCAAGGGGGUGUUGAGAGAUGGCCAGAAUGGCAUUAUGGUGCUCCCCAUCAACUGGCGUCAUACACUCUCGUUCGAGGAAGGCGGUCCAAUGACAGAGGAAGACAAAGCACAAGACGUGCCAGACGGGUUCAGCCUCAAAGACAUCGAGCCCGGCAGUAUUCCCGCAGUGAGGAGCAUGAUAUCAGAUGUCAUGUUCGACAUACCGUUCUAUCUAUCCCACCACAAGGGCAAGAUGAUCAAUGCGCUGGUGACGGAGGCUAAUCGUGUAUAUCGCCUUUGGUGCCGCAACAACCCCGGAUUCGCAGACAGAGGUCGCACUCACCUUAUCGGGCAUUCUCUAGGCAGCGCCAUGGCUAUUGAAAUUCUAUCUCGGCAACCCGCACGUGUUCCGGCACUAGACCUCUCAGUGAGAACGCCGAAGCCUGACUUCUUUGAAUUCGACACGAACAACUUGUUUUUGGUUGGAAGCCCCGCUGGUUUCUUUUUGCUCUUGGAGCGAGGUAUGCUUCAACCUCGGCGCGGUAGAGUAAAGCCUGGAGCUGAUCCCGCCGACAUAAACGCACCAGAGGUAACGGGCGAGGCUGGUCGCUACGGUUGCAUCGCCGUGGACAACAUCUACAAUGUGUUGGCUAAGGAGGAUCCCAUCGCGUACCUUCUGAAUGGUACCAUCGAUCCAGUGUAUGCAACCAGUUUGAGAACGGCACAUGUCCCAUCAAGCGCCACCUCCCUUUUCAGAUACGUUGGCAAUGCAAUGAAAAGUCUUGUACCUGGCGCAGCACCUACGCCAGCCACGAUUGCCCCUCCUCCGGCCCCAAAGCCGAACUUUGCGCGCUUGCCUUCGCAGCUCGAGCUCGAGGUUCAUGACUUCACGCGAGAGGAGAUUGCAGAGCGAAAGGCCUAUCUACUCAAUGACAAUGGCCAGAUUGACUACUACCUCAGGUUCGGCGGUGGGCCAUUAGAGAUCCAGUAUCUCAACAUGCUGAGCGCGCACACGUGCUACUGGACGAGUCAGGACUUCAUUCGCAUGCUGUGUAUGGAAGUCGGCAGGAAACCUGGCAGGGAGCAUACGAUCCCUGCCAUGAGAGCUCAGAAGGCGGCCAAAAGGCCGCUUGGGUGA